CUUCCUUCUUCUCAUAAUUUAUUUUCCCUCCAAAUUUAGAGGGUUUCUAAGAACAGCAGUUGCUUUCAGCAACUUUAUCGAUCUAUGCAGCAGAAAUAAUAUUCUCCACUGACCUUAGCUUAAACGACAGCGACAGCAAUGGCAUCAUCGUCAUCAUCGUCCGCCACUCAAAACUACGACAUGCCAUGGGUGGAGAAAUACAGGCCCACCAAAGUCUCCGAUAUCGUCGGCAACGAAGACGCCGUUUCUCGCCUCCAAGUCAUCGCUCGUGACGGCAACAUGCCUAACCUCAUCCUCUCCGGACCGCCUGGAACUGGUAAAACUACGAGUAUUCUGGCUCUUGCACAUGAGCUUUUAGGGCCUAAUUAUAAAGAGGCUGUUUUAGAGCUUAAUGCUUCGGAUGACAGGGGUAUAGAUGUUGUGAGGAACAAAAUUAAGAUGUUUGCUCAAAAGAAAGUAACUUUACCUCCGGGACGACACAAAGUUGUAAUUCUUGAUGAAGCUGAUAGCAUGACAUCUGGAGCACAACAAGCUUUGAGGAGGACAAUGGAAAUAUAUUCGAACUCUACCCGUUUUGCUCUUGCUUGCAAUACAUCUUCGAAAGUUAUUGAGCCUAUUCAGAGUCGAUGUGCACUUGUUCGGUUUUCAAGAUUGUCUGAUCAAGAGAUUCUUGGUCGUCUCAUGGUCGUAGUUGAAUCUGAAAAGGUUCCAUAUGUUCCUGAAGGCCUUGAAGCUAUCAUAUUUACCGCUGAUGGGGAUAUGAGGCAAGCGUUGAAUAACUUGCAAGCAACAAACAGUGGAUUCCGUUUUGUCAACCAGGAAAAUGUUUUCAAGGUCUGUGACCAGCCUCAUCCAUUGCACGUGAAGAACAUGGUUCGCCAUGUGAUUGAGGGAAAAUUUGAUGAUGCUUGUUCUGGUCUGAAGCAGCUCUAUGAUUUGGGUUAUUCUCCUACUGACAUAAUUACAACCCUAUUUCGGAUCAUAAAGAACUAUGACAUGGCUGAAUAUCUGAAGUUGGAGUUCAUGAAGGAAACUGGAUUUGCUCAUAUGAGAAUAUGUGAUGGAGUAGGUUCUUAUCUUCAGCUGUGUGGCCUUUUGGCUAAAUUUGCACUAGUUCGCGAGACAGCCAAAGCUGCAUAAGAUGAUGCAAAAUCAGCUCUGAAAACUUUAGAGUCUCUGUUGUACUGGUUAACAAUGGUGUCGGUAGCUCCACCACUGAAAAGUACCUGAUCUGAUUGAAGAAGACCUCUCUUGCUGAUAAGAUUUCUGUAGUAGUUGUUGUCAAAAGUGUUGGGUGUCACCAAAUCUAAAGGUGCGAGAUUGCUGUCUCCACUGCCACUGGCUGCUGGACACUGACUUCUUCUAGCCGCAGCGAAGCCAGCUUCGAUAUCACUUGCAUUGUUGUAUAUCCUACCACGAAAUGUCACACAUUGUGCUUGCCCUAUUGUAUGUGCUCCUGCAUAUCACAAUGAAAAAAUCUAGUAAAUUACUUAAUGAUACAGAAAUAAUCCUUAACGAGUCACAACUUUGAUCAGGUUGAAAUUAUAGGAUCCAUAACAUGUCAAUCGAAGCUGAUAUAGAGAUCUCUAUUAAUUACUCGUAACGGGAUAAUUUUUUAAUUUCAAAUCCAUCAUUUAAGGCAAUUUUUGGAUCGUUAAAGAUUUGUAUCACUA